AAGGGAGUCGACGCGGAAGCGUUGGAGAGGAAAAAAACCCGUCGAUUUCUUGAGAAAUUUUCACACUUUGAGCUGUUUUUUAUCAGUCUUGCAGUCAUGGGCUGAUUCAAUCUUCUCACCAAGUGUUUCAUUAUGCCGAGCUGUGACGAGAUUGAAGCAAAGAUGGCCUCCACUUAGCUGCAUGUUCGUUGCAGGAUUCCUGAAUUUUAGGUAAGCUUAAAUAAUCAAACUUUCUUUCCUUGAUUUCAGAAGGCUCCUUGAUUUCAGAAGGCCUCUCUGCUGUUUUUAUGUUCGAGAAGAAAACUGCAACUCAUGAGUUUUCUAUUAGUCCCUAAGACAUCUGUAAACAAUGAUCUUUCUGCAGUCGAGUACACGAAGACAGAUCGCGUGACUCUAAAAGAGUCUAUUGAAAUGCGUUGUAAAUUACUUCAGAAGUAGCCAGACGUAAAACAGCUUCUAUCGUAGGCUUUGUAGGCACCUUAUUUAUAAGCGGCCAUUUUGAUUUCAUCCUUUGAAAUGGCCAGAAAUUUAAGAGAUUUACCAUCACGUUUACGGCAGAUGACAGACGCCAGACUGAGGUUGUGAGUUUUUCAUAAUAAUUGUUUGGGAUUACAGUUAACCCUCUUGUAAGUUACCCCUCACUAUAACCGGACACCUAGAGUUGGUCUCUGCCUUUCUUUAUCGGUCAGUGUAAAACACAGACUGUGGACUAUCAAUUUCACCAUGCAAUUGAAAACAUGACAACAAUAAUCGACAUAAUCCCAUUGUUUUCUAACCUUAAAAACAAUGUGAGUGAGUGAGUAACUUUAUUUAAUCAGGGUAGCCCGUUCAGCAGCGAGGCUGGUAUCCAUAGGGGCCUUGAGAAGUAAAAAAGUAUACUAUUGAAAAAUUCGUAAGGUAUAUAUAUGAUUAAAAUAAACAAUAAUACUGUGAAAUAUCUAGCUAGGUCAAUAUAAAAAGUGUUUGCUAAGAGAUAAGAAAUUAAAAUUGUAAGGUAAAAUGCUCGGUCAGCAUCUUUUUAAAACUAUUAACAGACGUGGCACUUUUAACGUAAUUGGGUGAAGAAUUGAAAUAAAUAGCCCCUGGAUACUUAAAAGUUCUUUUGCCCAUGCUACUUUUGGGCUUUGGUGGGUGCAGGUCGUUUAACCUCCUAGUUGCAUAAUCCUGCAAAUCUGCAUUCCUUGUAAAAUAUUGCAUAAGAUACUUGGGUACUAGAUUAUUCAAACACUUAAGAACUAGAAUGAAUUUAUGCAUUUUUCUUCUGGAAGCUAGAUUUAACCAGUUUAGCACACAGAAAGUGUCAUUUGAGGUGUUCUUUCGUAAUAUAAUUCAAGCUGGACGUUUUUGUAGGCGGUGUAACUCUUUGCAACACCCCUGUAAGAUUUCCCCCCGCACAACAUCAGCAUAGUCAAAUGAUGGCUGCAAGAGUGAAGUGUAUACCUGUCUAGAGGCUUCCAGUGUAAGGCAUGAUUGUACAUGAGACAAAAGCCCUAGACUCCUACUGACUUUGCUGUUUACAUACUCGACGUGAUCUUUCCAAGAAAGGUUCUCAUCUAAAACAACACCUAAAUAGCUAAAUUUAGCUACUCUUUCUAAAGUCUUUCUGUAUAACUGUAUACAAUAAUUUGGUGAUUUGGCAAGAUUCUGUCAACUUCCAAAGAUCAUUGAUUUUGUUUUACUCUGAUUAAGGAUAAGCCUGCUACAUGUACUUUCCAUCCAUUGUACAACUCGAUUUAAAUCAUCCUUUACUACUCUGUCUAUUUCCGAUGUGCAAAGAUUCAUAGAAUACAUUACUGUAUCAUCGGCAUAGAACAUCAGAAAAGAACAGUUUUCUAAACACUGGGGCAGGUCAUUAAUGUAUAAAACAAAAAGCAGAGGCCCCAAAUUGAACCCUGAGGGACGCCAAAUGGAUGGCUUGUGUUGAGGACUCGUCAUUUCCAAAUUGCACUCUUUGAGUUCAUUUAGUAAGAUAGUUCCGGAACCAGUCCAGACUACUUCCUCUGACUCCGUAGUGUUCUAGCUUAAAAAGCAAGUAUUCAUGGUCGACCAAGUCGAAAGCUUUUUUCAAGUCAAUAUACACAGCUCCUGUAAUCAUUUGCCUAUCCAUAUGUUCCAAAAUAUAAUCAGUGAGGUAAACUAUUGCAGUUUCAGUAGAGUGCUUCUUUUGAAAACCCGAUUGGUAGAAUAGCAAUAAGUCAUGUUCUGUUAAAAAAGCCAAGAAUUGUUCUUGAAUAGCACGCUCCAUAAUCUUUGAUACCAGGGAAAGAACUGAGAUUAGUUGGUAAUUAUUGACAUCGUUCCUUGCUCCUGAUUUAAAAAUAGGUGUUUCUCUUGCGUCCUUCCACUCAGCUGGAAUAAGUCCUGUUGAAAUAGUAAGGUUAACCAGAUACAUCGAUCAUCGGUUUAGCGAUAACUGGAGCUGCGUCCUUCAAAAGUCUUGCAGUGAUACCAUCAAGACCCUAGGUUUUAGUCACCUUGAGUUUAGACAGCUCCUUCAAAACAAAGUUAGUUGACACCUUUUGAAGAACAAAGUUUUGCACAACUCUUGGAGUUAAAGUAUCAGGCAGCCUGGUCUUACUUUUGUGAUGACCACAUAGUUUCUCAGCAGUUGAGGUGAAAAACUCAUUAAAGCUAGUAGCCAUUAAAUUUUCAGAGGCUGGGGCAUUCGCAGUUUUGUGUUGCUUCUUGUUUGGUAAAAGCUUGUUCGGAGUAAAGAUCUCAUGUGGACACAAUGAUUGACUACUGGAGCUUACAAUCAGCUGCAGUCAUAAAUAAAUCCUUAAAAGAAUUCCAUGCGUUGUCAGGGUUUGCUUCAAGUUCAAUGAUAUCCCAUGGGAUACGAUUUAAGUCUGCUCUGAAUAAUUCAGGAUCAUAAUUUUAAUAGUUUUUCGUCUUCACUGUCUGUCCCCUGUCUUCACUGUUGGUCGGGGAAAUUUUAAUCUGUGAAGCUUUCUGAUACCAAUCAAAGGCUCCUAGGAGCAAGCUCAUGGAUGAAUUGAAUUACUGUAGAAAAGACAGUUCAAUAAUCAAAGAAAAACAUAUAAAUCUUUUUGAAAGGUUCAUUGUGUACGGACUUGCCAAAAUACAAAAAUUUCUACUUGCAAAGCAAAGAUCACUUUUUAAAAGCAAUUAUUAACACUUUUAAGUUGUAAAAUAAUUUGCUUUCUCAUGUGACUGUCAAACACUUUCCGAACGACAGUGCACUUUCUUGUAAAAUAGCCAACUUUUACAUACACGAGUUAAACCGUGGUUUUAAAAGUGCGAUGCUUUCAAAUAAAUGUUUCCAUAUGAUGAGUACGUAACGGUUAGUAUAUGCAGUACGAGCUAUAUUAAAUACAGAAUACAAGCGUUUAUGGCUAAAUUGAGGGUGCGUUCGAUUGGGAAAUCUGGAUUUAGAUUUUAAAAUCCGGAUUUCGGAUUUGCAAUCGAACGCGAAAUCCGAAAACGGAUUUCAACGCUGAGAUAUCUGUUUUUGGAUUUUCAUUUUUACCGUUCGAUUGGGAAAUCAGAAAAAGGAUUUGAAAAACUGUCCUUAAGAAAAGCGGUCUUGCACGCGCACACAUACUUAGCAAAAAGAAGACCACUGUUCACGAGAAUAGUUUUGCAAAUCCUUUUUCGGAUUUCCCAAUCGAACGGUAAAAGGGAAAUCCAUGAAAUCCAGAUUUGGAUUUCUUAAUUGAAAUCCACCCUGAGGACGGAUUUCUCGGAGGUGAAAUCGGUUUUCGGAUUCCUCAACGUCACUUUAACAAUUUGAGGACCGUUUUUUUGCAGUGAUUAUAAGGCUCUUUUGCUUAUUCGCUUUUCUCUUGACGAAAUCUCAUUGUCAGGCUGCAAUAGCUCUUUCACACUCCUGUUGAUCGCAUCUUCUCCAUAUCAAGUAUAAUAUCGGGAACAAAUGUGCACAAUUCGUCCAAAUAUACAACAAUGAUCCACGCUCAAUUAUUUCAAUUAUUUCAAAAGAAUUAAAUUUGCGGCUAAAGUACUAGUGGCGUUAAUAAGCCGUGUAGCUAGAACAAACUUUAAACUUGCUGCCAUCCUCAAUGUUGGUAUGUGACUUAGCUUGGUUGUCUGGGAGAAAGAAAAGUUUAUAUUCACUUGAGUUAUGCAUUUUCCAGCUUCCAAAAACUGAAGGCUGACCUGUUUGGCUGCCAUAUGUGGCUCUCCUGAUAAAUGGAGUACUGAAUAUUACACAAAGUAGGAGGUAAAUUGCCACAGAGCUGCAAGAACACGACUGACCCACCAUGUUGUUCAUGCCUAUUUGAACAAUAGUCCGCAGUCUGCAUUUUACACUGCCCCCUUUCUUCAAUUCUUUUAGUUGACUCAUCACAGACACAUGCUCUAAGUGAACCCAUUCACCUGUGGAAAUCUUGAAAGAAUGUGGAUCCAUAAUGGGUGGUUAUGGGUGGAUCUGAUGUGAAUGAGUUAAUACUGCCAAAUUCCCAUGACCUGUUGAAGGUCUUUCAGUGGAUUCCACUAUUACAAAAUAAAUUGUGGACUCAUUGGAAUAUACAGUUUGUAACAAAUAAAUUACUGAUUUUCUCAAGUGAGCACCCAAAAAUUAUGUCUAAUAGAAAGGGCACUUAUUUGGAAGAGGUCACUCAAAUUAAGUUUUCUUUGCCAGAAAUUGUUACUUUAUUUUAACUAAAUUUUUAAUAGAAAAACAACUUAAAAUUACAUCAUCCAUGUAAAUGUUAAUUCAAUAUUUUUGCCUUUCAUUUGUUAGAACGAUGGUUGCAGGUAAUCAAAUUUACCAUAAGCCCAUUACACACUGAACACCUUUAAAUGUAUUGGUGUGCAUGUUUAUUAUUGCAUUACUAUCAUCAUUGAUUCUCUCAUCAAUUAAGUGGAAAUAGAAACAUGUUUUCCAUGUAUCUGUACUAUUUAAGAAAGUGAAGGGUGGGAUGGAGGGGGAGUUUAUUCAAGAGGGGGACUUGUUUGAUAUUAUGGCCCACAAUGUGGGUACCUUUUUGGGGGAGGCCGCUUAUUAGAGACUGAGCUUAAAAUGUGGCAAUAUAAAUAUCGAAGUUCUGUACAUGAUACAAGCCUGAAGCUACAUGUACAAACCAUCAUAGAAUUGAAGUAACUCAAGGAAGGUGUUACAAAUAUGAAUGGAAAAAGAUUCCUUUUUGAAAUCCUGGAGAUGGUCACAGUUGCAAAGCUCACUAAUCAAAUACCCUGCUAUAGAAUAUCAUGUAUGUCUUGGCUGGGUAUUGGGUGGAGGGGGGAGGUUUAUUGACUAGUGAAUGACCAUAGCAUCAAACAGGCAGUGCAACAGCUCUGGUUCUCAAGCAAUAAUAAUAUGUAACUCAGGGAAAACUGCUCUUUGUCUUGACACUUGGGCCUUGAUUUUAUUUUAUAGGUUACUGCUACCGAUCAAUUCAAAUUUCAUGAUGUGUGGGUUUCAGAGGUCAAGGAUCCAUGUACCAAGCUUUGGUAAGACGUUUUGAAUUAUUUAAUAAUUUGCCACAACCAGAAUGUUAUUACCGCAGAAAGAAUGUUUGGUCUUAUAACAUUAAAAUAAAUUCCUUGUGGCAGUGGGCGAUGGGGAAGGAGAGGGACCCUGAAGGGAAGUUUGAGUGGGGGUGUACUGCCAUCCUAUUUAAACAAAAAAACCCUUCUCUUCCCGACCUUGUUAAAAUAAGGAAUCUCAUAUUUUCAUGACCCUUGUCCAUUUCCUAAAACUGGGGAAUGUACAUCUCAGUAUCCUCCAGACAUUGAAGUCCAGGACUCCCCUCCUUGUGUCAGCAUACCUGUGAGUAAUACUCAUUCAAAAGCAUCAUUAAUGCUAAAUAAAUUUAGGAUGAAAAGAGGUUAAUAUUCUGAAAAAUACACCUUUAAAAGGAAUGAGAUUGUUUAUGUGUAAUGCAAAUUUACAAAGUGCAUGUACCUCUACUUCAUCAAUAUCUUACAUUGUGGCUUUUUAUUUUGGGUUUUUUAAUUUUAGUGGUUUCUUUCAAGAUCCACAUACUGCUGUAAAGAGUAAAUGUGCCCCUCCUUUCUCACUCCCCCCAGUUAUAAAAACAUUACUGUAAAAAUAACCUCCACUGUAGUAAAAAAACUGGUAAAACCUGUCAGUGAGAACAGAUUUUACCAGUUUUUAAGUUAGUUUGGGUUUAGAGUUCUCUCUGUUUUAAUACCUAGCCCUAAUUGAUCAGAGGAAACAAAUGAGAUUCUGGUUUACUUUCAGAACAGAUUUUACCCAGAGCAUUCAAAUGAUGGCUGACCUGUAUUUUGUUUUGCAGUCAAACCGGGAAAACCGUGGACACCAGGAAUAUUUCUGGAAUGUUAUUGUGUUCCAAGAAAAUAGCCAAUCAGGCAUGAGAAAUUUAAACUGCAAGCAAGGUCAUUAUUAGUUUGUGGUGUUGUGGCCAGUUCGGGUGUGUUGAUCUUUGCUGUGAUUGAUCAUAACACAAUAAAUAUUCCUGAGAUAUUUCAAGUGUUCAUGGUUUUCCCGGUUGCACUGUAAAGUCCUCAUUUAAAAAAUAAGCAGUUUUACAGUCAGAUGGAGAAAAACCAGUCCAGACCAAUCCUAAAAGUUUGUUCUUGCAAAAUAAUAAUACAAAAUAAUAUUGCUGUUCACAAAAUUAAACUGCGACAAAAAUAACAUGUCAAAUGGUUGUUGACAAUAUUUCACAAUUUCUUUUUUUGUUUGUAUUGUAGUGUUGAUGUCUGCAGUGUUGAAGGAUUUUUAGGAUUCCUGUGAUGUCCAGGCUGAUGGAGGUAAGAAAAUUGAUUCUGUUAGUUACAGUUGUAUAGUGUUAGUUUAGUGAAGGUUGCUUGUUCUUGAUACAAUUGAAGGGUUUCCUGAAAAAAAGGUAUAAUUUGAUUAUCAAUAAAAGCAGAUUACACCCAUUUUUAAGGAAACCCUCCGAUUGUAUCUUUACUCUUAGAGCUAGCUGAAAGGUUUGAGGUUAAUGAGAAAAAUGUUUGAGUUGUGGUUCUGAAUUUGCUGUUGAAGAGGUAAUGAUCAGAUCAUGUCAGAGUCUUUGGACCAGUGAAGUUCUAAUUUUAGCCCAGGAUAUAAUGUAUCUGUUCCACCAACUGAUUUUCUUAAACAAGAAAUCAUUUCUUACACUAUGUAGCUUCACCCAGAUCAUUUACUUUGUGUUUAAUGGCAACAUACAGCUGUACUUCUGGAGGAAAUGCUAUGGUAGAUAGGGUUAUAUACAUUGUGCUUGAAAAUUUGAUCAUUACCCUUAAAACAACAGCAUUAUGCCUAAAAUAAAUUAUGCUCGAAAAGUAGCAUUUAAUGCUUCAAUGAUCUUGGCUGUAUUUAAAGCCCUUUUCCAUCCCCGCAGAUUUGAAUACAACAUUUUAUUGCAUCAAAUACAAUUUCAAACUGGCAGCCAUAAUGGGUAGACAAUUAACCCGUCGUAGCAGCCUAACAAAGUGAUGCAACGGUGCAACAAGACAUUGAAAGUAACUGAAUCAGCCUUUGAAUAUGUUAAUUCUCACUAAAAGCACUUGGAAGUAAAAAUGUCUCAGUACAGUUGUGGUAAUAUUAUUAUUAUUAUUAUUAUUAUUAUUAUUAUUAUUAUUAUUUUAUUAUCAUUCUCUUUAUGCUGAAAAGUGGCCAUUAUGCUGGUAUUACUUGAUGCUCCAACUAUAGCAUUAUGAACAAAAUAAUGCUGGCAUAAUGUACCUAACCAGGCUUAGUGGUGGACUUAAGCAUCCCUUUCAGGCAGGUUGGGGGCGAUGUGUGGAGUUCUCAUACUUCUUGGUGCUUCAUGCUUCACCAAUCAAGAUACGCCCUUACUGUGCAGGCCCUUUGGCUUGUUUUAAGUAUCUCCUCUCCCAUCCAUGGGAGGGGACUACCAUCAAAUCCAAAGAGGGGGAGGGGGUGGAGUUGUUAUAUUCCUUUCUUGUUGCUUCACACUUCACCAAUCAAGAUAAGCUCUUGCUGUGCAGGCCCUUUGGCUUGUUUUAAAUACCUGUCUUGUCCAUGGGAGUAGACCACCAUCCAAUCCAUUAAGGGGAGAGGGGGUGGGGGUGGGGGUGGAGUUGUAAUGUUCACUCCAUGGUGCUUCAUGCUUCACCAUUGCUUUCCAGGCCCUUUAGCUUGUUUUAGGUGCAUCUUUUGGAAUGUAGAAAAUGAACCACUAAGCUUGCUGACCCCACCCCCCCCCCCGACUCAAGAAAUUAUUUCUUAGUGUGGAACUCAGUCCAAGCACAUGCAGAAAGGUGUUUUUAACCCAUUCGCUCCUGGAGAUUUUGCCGAAAAACGCGUUUUGAAGCUAGUCGAGUGGUUUUCUGGUCACUGUCGUGCUAUAAAGAGCUAAAACUUACCACAAACCGGUUUACAGGUCGUACACUUGGCGGCCUUCUGAUCCAGAUGCAAAAUAUCAGCUUGCGAAGUUCGGGCAUGCGCAGAAAGCAAAAUUUCGAGGGGGUUUCAAAGUGACACAGCAGUCUUGACUUUUACUUUUUGCUUUCUAUCCUCCCUUCUUUUUUCGCUUUUCUUGCCUCAUUUUUUUUUUUUCUCUUUCUGGGCAUUUAGUAGGCUUCAUUUUGGUGGAAAGAGUUUUUAGGAAAGCUUUUAGGAUCUUAGGAUUAGGUGAAAGGAAAGGUAGGUGGGUAAUGGAACAAGAUUUUCAUGAGGAUUUUCAGGUCCUUGUCACGUGGUUUUUUGCUUCUUUCUCCGGUGUCCUUGACUGAAUUGUGCUCAUUCUGGUAUGGUUUGAAAGAUCUCUUCACUCUGCACAAGUUAGCGAAGAAAGUUGUCCUUGACUUUUAAAACUGAUGACGUCACAAAGGGUAGAAAGGACCUGGAUCCACACGGGCGGUUACGGGCGGUUCAGGGGCGAAUGGGUUAAGACACUCUUAGCAAAGUACCUCAUCUCAGUCAAAUUUACAUGAAAGACAAUUAUUAUUAUCCUUGAGUUUUUUAACUUACAUUGUGUAAUUACAGUUUGUAUGAAUUUAGUAACGCGUUGUUUAAGUAAACCCUUUAGUAAAUUAAUGUUACUCUUCUUUUAGGAUUUGUCAUCCUUUCCUAGCACCGCCUCUACAUCACAGGAAGACUAUGAAAGCAAUGUAGGAUCCACUUCUUCGAGGAAAUUAAACGUUACUCUGUUAAGCAGUGAAUGGAGGUCAACAAAAGGAGGCUUGUCGACCCUCAACCGAGAGCUGGCCAUUCAGUUGGCAAAACAUCCCAGUGUGGAAGUCAGUGUUUAUCUCCCUCAGUGCAGUGAGGAGGAUAAACGAGUUGCUGCAAGUCACAAUGUCCAUCUCAUUGAAGCAGAAGAAAGGCCAGGUUUUGACCCGGUGGACUGGCUGUCCUUUUUACCAAAAGACCAUGCUGUGGACUGUGUGAUAGGACAUGGAGCCAUUCUUGGUCGGCAAGUGCAGGGUAUAAAACGUGAUUGUUCUCGUUGUAAGUGGAUUCAGGUUGUUCAUACCGCUCCAGAGGAACUUGGAAUGUACAAAGAAUAUGACGAACGCAUUUCCAAAAGUCAAAAGAAACACCAAGUGGAGGUUGAACUCUGUAAACUGGCUGAUCAAGUCGUAGCAGUUGGACCCAAGCUAGCUGAUGCUUUCCAAGGUUAUCUCCGUUCGUGCGAAAAACAUCAAGAUGUUCUCAAUCUUACCCCAGGCAUUUUCUCUGAGUUUGCUGAUGUAAAGCAAGCCUCUCAAGAAAUAAGGUCGUUCAGUGUUUUGGUGUUUGGACGUGGCGACAGUGAAGAUUUUCAGCUGAAGGGGUAUGACAUUGCUGCCCAAGCCAUUACUGAUUUGAAAGACGUGACCUACAAACUUGUAUUUGUCGGAGCAACAAGUGGAGAAGAAGAGCAAGUAGCCGACUUGCUACUCAACCAAGGCAUAAAUCGCAGUCAACUGAGGGUACGUCGUUUUAAUGAAAGCAGAGAGCAGCUUGCCCGAUUGUUUUGUGAAGUAGAUCUUGCUAUAAUGCCAUCACGAACUGAGGGCUUUGGUCUUGCAGCCCUUGAGGCUUUAUCUGCUGGUCUACCUGUGCUUGUCAGUGGGAACUCUGGUCUUGGAGAAGCUUUGAAGAAAGUUCCUUUUGCUUCAAGUUGUGUGGUACAAUCAGAAGACCCUAAAGAUUGGGCCAAUGCAAUCAAAGCUGUUCGCGAGAAAGACCGAAAGUUGAGACUUCUGGAGAGCGAGAUUAUUCGAGAACAAUAUGCAAAUAUGUACACCUGGCAAGAUCACUGUAAUAGACUUGUGGAACGAAUGCUUGCCAUUUCUCAAGGUAACAGGUUCACUUUGAGAUUCAAAUUGGUAUUUUGUGUUGUGGACUGCUCACGUUAGAAAAUUAGGAAGUUUACGAAAUUACAACCUUGACAACAGUUAAAACCUCACUUCAUCACGAUUAUUCCAACUAGAACCCUUUCUAAAAAGGCGUGCAAAUUUUCCAAAAAUAACAAGGAAAAAAAAUGUUGUUGUGUUCUCGUGUUCUUCAGAAAAGCUAGAGCCGUGAAGCUUUCAGAAACCUCUAUUUUCAUUGGCCUUUGAAACACACUUGCUAGUGUUUUUAGUGCGAGAGACUUUCAUAAUUGAGUUAUUUAUCUAUAAGUAUUGUUAGCUGAUUAAAAGAUUUGUUUUGAGAGCUUCGUGGUUGAAUUAGGAAACUGCAAAGAAAUUUAUCAAAAAGUUUGCUGCAUGCAUAUGUGCACAGAACUCUUUUUUAAAGAAAAAACUGUCCCUUUUGUUGUCGCAGUAGUUUCGAAAGCCCGGUUUCCAUAUAAUCAUCCAGAUUACCUUCAUCUUAUUGCCAUCGAUUGAGUUAGGGUUUGGCAUCUUUAUUCCGCUUGCGGCCUUACAGCCCAAACAAAAACUAAAAAGUGCACAUGGAGUGAAGCAGUCACGCGCGAUUAAUCCUGCCAGCUACACAAGCUACAGAGUUAUUCUAAGGUUUAUCCAGUCCUAUGACUUUCAUCAUGCUGAAUUUUGAUACAUUGAAUCGGAGAGUAGGCUAUCGAAAAUGGCUUUGAACUCGUUAUUAACACUAACUUCCGUUCAAAUAACUGGCCUGUGACUUUGGUAAAGAAUGGCGUUACUAUUUUUUUGUAGGUCCUAAUGAAGAUGAGCAGCAUUUAUCUAAAGAAGCCUCUGUUAUAGGUCAAGAUGAAAAACCCUCUUCUUCAGAGAAAUCUCUCCAUAAAGGUAUCCUGGAAUCUUAGAUAUAUUACAUGUUAUAAUAUUAUUUACAAACUAAUUUAUUUCUAGUAGGAAAUGUACUGUAGUCUAAAAUAUUAUGAGCUUAACCUGUGAUGAAGCUUUCUUUUUAGGGGGAGAGAGAUAGCGUGAAAGUCGGGGGACAGGGAAAGGAAGAAAACUAACGUUUCUCCCUCACCAACAAAACAAACAGGGAAGAAGCACAGCCUGAUCGCAGGUUAACAAGUGCAGGUUGUGUGUUUUUUCGAAAUCUACAGUGUAACAACAACAAAAAAUUUUCUAGCCUGCAGUGCAGGCGUUUUCUUUGAGCGCUCAAUUUGCUCGUGAAAGUGCCAUGUUGAAACUUCCCGAAGAGAGGAGGAAAUAGGGCGAGUCAAAGGGAGCUGGGAGGGGGCGGGGAGAGAGAAGAGAAAACCCUCCCCCCUUUCCUUCUUUCGCCCUCACACCUACGAUAAGGGUUCAUAAAAUCAAAGAUGGCGGCAACAACAACAUUACGAACAUGAACAACGUUUCGCCCACCCAAAAUACACCUGCACUGCAGGCUAGGAAUUCUCGAAACACUGAACAAGACUCAUCUUAAAAGAGUCAAAACUCUUUAACACUGUUACUUCUUCAGUUGCUGAUAACAAGACUCGUUUCAGGAGAGCUUUGUCCGUUGAAAAAUACAGUUGCAUUUACAUGUACAACGUACACGUUUUACAACCUACAGUAAUGCUCCAUGAUGUAUGUGACAGAAGUCAGUGUUGAUCAUUUCAGUCACGAUGUGCAUCUUGUUUGGUAUUGGAUGCUGAAAUUCGAAUGUUUCAUUUCUAAUUUAAAUGUGGAUAAUUAACUUUUGGACACGGUUUAUGAAACUUCCACAUCCCUAAAUUUUUCUUAAUUUGGGGGCCUUAGACAGAUCUGUCCUUUAAUGAUGUUUUUCGCUUAAGCCUCAAGCAGGAUUAGUUGUCAGGUCAUGUAGCAUAAACCAUACUUUUAAAAAGAUGUUGUCUUUGGCACAGUUAUUUGAACAUGAGCCCAGUAAUUUAUUAUGAUGUUGGUAAUUGCCGGAUUUGAUUUCAGGCGCAGCAAAGAGACCAAGGUCCUCCAAAAAAGGCAAAAGGCCGUUAUCUUCAAGAAAUACUCCAGCCCCCAAACAUCCGAGACUGGUGGGAGAUGAAGGUAAAGUUUUUCUUUUUCUUUAUUGAGAGUUAGGGUUGGUAUCUUGUUGCAUGUAUAUGAGAGAAUAUGAUCAACUUUCUCAAUAUAGCAUAGAAGGGCCUUGCGUCGUCGGUCUUACAUUCCCUAACCACAGCUUCAUAACCUGCAUACCUGACGAAAUAUAGUGGUAAUGCUUGUGGUGUCGCGUAAGCUAAAUUCCUGCAAGCUAUGCAGGGGCUUAACCAUUUAGCAUCCGCCCGCGAGAAGUUGCGAAUCUAUUUCAAGCCUUCUCUUUUGCUCUCUUUGUUUUCCCUUUGCCUUUCAUUUACAUAGCCAGCCAGCUUUCUUGCCCACCAUAUCGUCUUUUUUCUGCAUGGAAUUGCGGCUGGCUAACUUUCUAGAAAAGAGGCAAAUUGAAUCUGCAAUCUGGAUUUCUCCCAAAAAUGUUACUUGGUUCUUUGUGUAUAAUAUUUUUGUCAGGAUUGGUCAGAAUUUCCAAAAUGAGGUAACUUGUGGAAAGAGCUAUCCUUGCUUAUGUUACUUCAUGCAAAUAUUAUAAUUUAAUAGGAGAAUUUAAAAUGGCCUUCCUUCUGACUGAGGUAAGAAGAACAUGAACAUCUUUAGGCUUGUUUUAUUGACAUAAAUUUCCUGAUCUUUUUGUUUCCAGCAGUUUGGGACAACUCGGUUGUGAAAUUGCUCAAAGCUGAAUACAAAAGGCGCUCUCAGUUAAGACCCCUUCUUUGGGACAACACCAUCGAGUUACCCCUAGAGAAUGUCUACACGAGACUGAAAAUCAUUUCACGACGAAAAUUGGCCAUCCAGAUAAAAGACGAUAGGGUGAAUGCUUUCAGCAUCUUCAAAGUUCCUUUUAAAGGUUCGGACAACACCAUCGAGUUACCCCUAGAAAGUGUCUACACGAGACUGAAAAUCGUUUCACGACGCAAAUUGGCCAUCCAGAUGAAAGACGAUAAGGUGAAUGCUUUCAGCAUCUUCAAAGCUCCUUUUAAAGGUUCGGAUGUCAUGACGCUAACAAGUGGAAGUUCAGAUAUGCACGUGGGCAAAAGUGAGGCAAAUGUGUUUGACGUCUUCACUGUUCCUGAUAAAGCUGAGGAUGUCCCGACGCCAGCAGAAAAAGGAAACGCACACUUACCGAGAGAAAAUGACGAGGUAAAUGUAUUUGAAAUCUUCAAGACUCUUGAAAAAGGUGAGGAUGUUAUGACGCUAGUAGAGGGAAGCCCCGGAAUCGGUAAAACUACGUUUUGCCUCAAACUUGCUUAUGACUGGCCACAUGGAAAAAUCCCAUCAGAGUGCUCUUUUCCCAAAUUUGAGUUUGUGUUGCUCCUCAAAUGUAGAGACAUUGAUGGAAAUAUAAUAGAUACCAUAAGGGAACAACUUCUCCCCAGAGAUAUCGACGAGGAGACUGUAGAGAAGUUUUUGCACUUCAUGAAGGACAUUCAUAACCAGGAGAAAAUUUUAAUCAUUUUGGAUGGUUUAGAUGAGCUGCCUGAAAAAUCUCAGUGUCAUGUGGAUGAGCUGCUUCACCGAAGAAUUUUACCUUUCUGUUAUGUUUUGGCUACUUCGCGACAAGAAAGAGGUAUUGAUGUACGAAAGAGAUUUGUCUUUGACAUUCAUUUGGAGAUCAAAGGAUUCACAGAAGGCGAUGCUUUUGAAUAUAUCAGAAAACAUUUCUCAAAUAUUGGUCGAGGACAUUCACCAAAGGGAGAGAGACUCAUAACAGAAAUAAAAGACAACAAGUUUUUGCAUGCUCUCCGAAGCAACCCCCUUAAUUUACUCCUUCUCUGUGUAAUCUAUGAGGAUUAUGAGGGAAAGCUGCCAUCAUCCCGUUCUAGGCUUUAUCAAGUUAUUGUCCUUUGCCUUUUAAGACGAUACUGCGCUAAACACAACCUGCAAGCCCCCGAAGGUGAUGACGAGUUAGAGAGGUAUUUUGAGAAGGACAUACUUGCACUAGGAGAGCUAGCUUGGAUGUGCCUGCUGAGUGGUCGUCAUGGUUUCCGUGAAAAUGAAUUAGCUGAGCUUGAAAGAAGAUACAAAGGAUUGGUAUCCCGUCACAUAGGCCUAGUUUACAAGGAAGAAAGUCUGAAGAGGUUAACACCUCAACAUGAGUACUACUUUCUUCACAAAAGCUUCCAAGAGUACUUGGCUGUGGUGUAUGUUUCGCACAAAUUAAGAAGAAAUCAAUUGAAUUUGUUUGAACAUUUAAGCUUCGAUGAUUUGGUGGGUAAAUAUCGUCAAGUCUUUCUUUUUGUGUCUGGUAUACUGGGGAUGGAUGCCAGUGUUCUAUUCGCCCAGAUUGGUGAGGAGCUGAAGAACCGGGGAGGAUGGAACUGGAACAAAUGCAGAGUAGAGAAGAAGACGCGAGGUGAUCUUCUUGAGCGUCUACAACUCUUUCUUGAAGAGCAUCUAGAACUCGUUUUUAAACGGGCAGGUUUGACAACAGCAACAUUCCUUACCGAAAGCUUCAAUGAAAGUGGACAUGCUGAAAAAAUGGCAGUUACUCUUUGUUCCUAUAUACCCUUCCCACAGCAAGUUGACGCUGACCUCUCCAGUGAGGAGACGUGCAAUAUAGUUCACGUUUUAGAGGCAUGCAAAAGCUUUCAUAAUUUACCGAAGCCAGUUAAACUUACCGUUCGUGCUAAAACGCAAGAUACAUGUCGCUAUCAGAGUAUUGCAGGGUACAUACAAUCCUGCCCAAAGACACAGAAACUUAGCCUUUUUACCCCUGUAGUUACAUUAGACCUAGCCAAGGCGCUAUGCGACGGCCUGUUUGGAAACACGACUUUAUCAGAGUUUACCCUACAAAUUUCUGACAGCAUCCCUUGCAAUGCAGCUGUUUUAAUCGGUGAAUUGUUGGCUGCACGCAGAUCCUUGAGAAAAAUAACGUUUCAACUUGACAGAGUGUGGGAUGAGAAUUGGGCCAGUGCUAUUGAACCAGCUUUGUUUGCGGACACUCCUUUGAAUUCUGUGGACCUCCAGGUUCGUGGAUCAUUGAGUGAUACUGCGGUCCAUGGUUUAGGAAAGCUUUUAUCAAAUAAAGCUUUGGCCUCAUUUUCCCUUAAUAUCUCUGGAGAUGUGCAGGAAUUUGUAACUGCUGUUAUUAGCAGAGAAAUUGCGCAACAAACCGCCCUCAAGUCAUUGGCUUUCAGCGUUGACGGCAACCUUAGUCUCUCUGGUGUGAAUGCUCUUCAAAACAGUCUUCUAGAAAAUCGUUCUUUAAGUGAUUUAGCAUUGACUCUCCGUGGAGAGAUUCCUGACAACUGGCAGUCUGUUGUGGAAAAUCUUUGUUCGGUAAAGAAGGGAUCAGUUAUCUGUACUUUUCAUCCAGACCCUGGCAGCAGUGUUACAUGUAAUCAAGUGGUACAUUUUCGUCCUGCUAUGGUCGAGAUGGGGUUAGAAACAAAACAACACUUUACUGUAGUUCUUUGGGGAGAGUUGAAGUGUGGUGGAGCAGAAGAUUUAUGUAAGAUCUUGGUGCGUGUUCCCCUCACAAGCCUGGCUCUGAAAGUGCAUGGAAAAUUAAGUGGUGGUGUUGCUAAUAUUAUUAAAAGAUAUAUCGGACGACAAAAUACACUAUCCGCCCUGACAAUUGAUACUUGGAGAAAGUUGGCCCCGGGGACAGGAACCCUACUUCAGGAACUAUCAGAUAAAAACGUAACUGUUCAAGUAAAAGAGCAUGGCGUCUCUGUUGUUCCUAAGGAAGCGUGUAAUGCUCUUGAUGUCUCUAUUGACAAUCCUGCAUCGCUGACACCAAUGUUCUCUGAAGUUAAGAAUACCAGAAAGGAGAGAAUCAAUCUUAAAAUAAUUAACCACGAUGAAGUAAUUAGUGACUGGCCACGUCUGCUAGGUGAUGCUUUGGCAGAAAACACAUCGCUUACUACGCUGGAUCUUACAGUGAUCAACUACACAAUGAAUCCAGGAAUAGGGAAAGACCUCGGGGAUAGUUUGCUGCGAAGUUCUUCAUUGACAGUUUUAAGUCUUACAAUCAGAAACUACAGUAACAUGGGAGAAGGCUGGGAAUGCACGUUGGUCAACACCUUGGCUAAAAUGGCGUCAUUAACUACACUUAGUCUCUCAAUUGACGAUCGUGGCGAGGUGAGGAAAUUUGAAGAAGAUUUGAUGCCAGUGAGGUCCUUGUCUACACUUUCCGUUGUAAUCAACACUGGUAAGUUAACUGACUUUUGGUUUGAAUUUCUGAGAAAAUGUUUGGAGGAAUGCAAUUCACUAAAUAAACUCUGCCUUACAAGCAACACCUACUGCGAUUCAAGAGAAAUGCCCCUGACCUUCGGGCAUAUUGAAAGUCUCAUGUUUGGACUGGCAGGUACCACAUCAUUAAAGGAACUAAACAUGACAAUUAACAGCAUUACCUUUACUGAUUCCUCGAUAACCUCCUUCACUGAUUAUGAAUACUUGAACUUUGUAGUGUGGGUUCGUUCUCUGAAAAGGGGUUUAGCGAAAAACAAGUCAUUAACUACACUCAUUCUGACAGUAAAUGACUACACUGAAGCUGAGAAGCAUGGCGAUUGGUCUCAUCUAUUGAGACAGGAAAUGUUUCCAGAAAACUCGUCAUUGACUGAACUCAAUCUGACAGUCAACAUCCGCAGUGAAGUAAGUGAAGACUGGUUACCAAUUUUUUGUGACUAUUUAAUGAUGAAUUGCUCCUCCCUGAGAACAGUGAGAUUACAAGUCAACAACCUUUGUGCUACAAGCAAUAGUCGUAUAUAUGACUUAAGCAAACUUCGGUUAAAAUACCGAUCAUUAUCGACAUUUGAACUCUCGGUAACUUUCUAUGGAGAGUAA